AUGGCGACUGUCAAAGCCUUGGGCAGCCCUGAUCUGUAUACGGUAGGCUGGAUUGCAGCUCUACCAAUAGAGCGUGCCGCAGCAACUGCGAUGCUCGAUGAGCGCCACGAUGAGCCGUGCAGCUUUGUUCAACAUCAUGCGGAUACCAAUUCUUACACCUGGGGCAAGAUAGGCGAACACAAUGUUGUGAUUGCUUCGCUUCCCGCAGGGUUAUACGGAACAACUUCCGCUGCAACCACAGCGUCAAACCUGCUGUCAUCCCUGCCCCAAAUUAGAAUUGGCUUGCUGGUGGGAAUCGGCGGUGGCAUCGCCCGACCUGAGCAGGGUCGCAAUAUCCGGCUAGGCGAUGUCGUCGUCAGUCAGCCACAGGGCACAACUGGAGGAGUGAUUCAGUAUGAUUUAGGGAAGGUGAGGGCCAAUCAGAAAUGGGAACGGAAUGACUUUCUCAGCAUGCUGCCACGGGUCCUACUCCAAGCACUGGCAAAUUUGCAAGCAGAACAUGAAAUGAGGGAAUCUAGAAUACCCGAGCUACUUGGGGCGAUGCCCCAGAAAAGGGCCCGGACGGUCAAUGGGAACAAAGGAGAGAAUGGGUACGUCCAUCAGGGAUUCGAGAACGAUCGGCUUUUCAAGGCGUCCUACAAUCAUGUAGCUGGACAUGACUGUCGCAUCUGCGACGCAACGGAGCAAGUGCAGCGCGAUGAACGAGUCUCCAUGGACCCCGAAAUUCAUUAUGGUAUCAUCGCCUCUGGGAACAGCCUGGUGAAAGAUGCCGCUAAACGGGACAAGAUUGUGCAAGAUGUAGGCGAGAAAUGCAUUUGCUUCGAGAUGGAAGCCGCUGGCCUUAUGAAUCACUUUCCAUGUCUCGUUAUUAGGGGCAUUUGCGAUUAUGCGGAUUCACACAAGAAUGAUCGAUGGCAGAGGUAUGCGUCUACUACCGCCGCUGCCUAUGGAAAAGAACUCCUCGGCUACGUUCCGACCAGGGACCUCCAGGAGACACAGCGGGCCCUCGAUUUUCUCGGAUCUAGUUAG